AUGGCUUUCGUUAAGCGCGAUAUUGAUAUUAAAAUGUUACCUACGAAACGUGGUGUUAUUGAAUAUUUUUUGUUCCUUAAAUAUUACGGCUCUGCAAGUGUUCCAAAAAAUCGAAGUCUCAACGAAUAUUUGCCAAUAGUUAUGAACACAAUUUCAAAGUUGUGGCAGCAGGCAAACAUCCCUAUAGUUACAAGAACUACGCUCCGGAGAAACAUUGAAAGCCUCCUUCAAAGUUAUUACAAUGUAAAAAAACAUCCUUAUGAAUAUAUUGGCUCUUGGGAAUUACGCAAUGAUCAGCGUUAUUUAUUUGAUAUGGUUUUGGCAGUAAAUAAUGGUGAAUGCGAUGAAUAUCUCGCUAGUAAGAGCCCCGGUCCCGUCAGUACAGCUCGGUGGCUUACAACAGCUUCCAGGUUACUUCGGGUAUAUGUUUCCAAAGAAAGCCCGUCAGCGGAGUUGCGAAACAUGGUAGAGUUUGUUGUGAAAGUUUAUGCACCAUUCUGGUUUCUUGUAAAGAGCCAGCCACAAGCAAUUCAUGGAAGUAGACACGUUUUUAAGUAUAUUUGCUGGAUACGCGAACUAUCAAAUGCUGUUCAAGCCAUUAUACGUUCAGCUAUAGAAAAUAAUGCAUAUUAUUUUCACCCAGAAAAUAUAUUAUUAGCCAUGAUAACCGACGCUGAUCCAGAGAUACGUAAUGAUGGGUACGAAAAAAUCAAAACAGCACGUCAAUAUCCACCAGCAGGGCUUCGCGUGUUCAAGGUCCCAAAGCGUGGCGUAAUAAACUUUGAAAGUAAGUCGUAUGUCAGCAUGAUCGAUUGGAGUCAGUUUAAGAUUACGGAACCCCCUUGUGUGCAGUUCUACCCAGAUAGUGAACUUACAAUGUUUCAAUUUUCGGAAAAUGAAGUGAUAAAUAUCCCAGAGUUCCUCUGUCAUUCCCAGAAUACCGAACGGUUUGUGCGUGUUGUUAGUGAGUCUGCAAGUGCUGUCACUGAUGAAAAGCGCCUGGGCCACAUUUU